GUGAGGGGAGAAAUGGCCUCAGGACAGGAAGAGCAAGACAGCAUCAGGAGUGCGCGGCAGCCUCCUCGUCACAUUGUUACAGCUCUCUGUGCCAGAUUAAACAUGUUGGAUGAACGGGCAGCAUUAAAAAUACGCGGGGCCACAGUGCACUUCUCCUGCGAUGAGGGCUACGAGCUCCAGGGCUCCAAGAGUAUCACCUGCAUGCGUGUGACGGACAGCUAUGUGGGCUGGAGUGAUGACCGGCCCAUCUGCAGAGCACCCAUGUGUGGUGGUCAGCUUCGUGGUCCCAGUGGUGUCAUCACAUCUCCAAACUUUCCAGUCCAGUACGAUAACAACGCCAACUGUACCUGGAUCAUUACAGCAUCAGAUCACAACAAGGUGAUAAAGCUGACCUUUGAAGACUUUGACCUGGAGCGUGGCUACGACACCCUAACAGUGGGUGACGGAGCUGUAAUUGGGGAUCAGAGGACCGUCUUUCAUGUGCUGUCGGGGACCAGCACUCCAGACCUUGUGGUCAGCACCAGCCAUCAGAUGUGGCUGAAUUUCAAGACAGAUGACACCAGUGGUUCCCUGGGUUUCAAGGUGUCUUACGAGGAAAUUGACCAGGGCGGGUGUGGAGACCCUGGAAUCCCGGCCUACGGCAAGCGAGAAGGCGCAGGCUUCCGGCACGGGGACAGGCUGUAUUUUGAAUGCUUGCCUGCUUUUGAGUUGGUGGGCAAAAAGAACAUCACCUGUCAAAAGAACAACCAGUGGUCAGCCAAGAAGCCCAGCUGUGUGUUCUCCUGCUUCUUUAACUUCACCACUCCAUCUGGAGUCUUGCUGUCACCCAACUACCCUCAGGAGUACGGCAACAACAUGCAUUGCGUGUGGCUGAUCAUCGCUAAGCCGGAGAGCCGCAUCAACCUGGCCUUCAACGACCUGAGCAUGGAGAAACAGUUCGACUUCCUGUCCAUCAAAGAUGGGGGCAAGGCCGAGUCGCCCAUUUUGGGCACUUUUUCUGGUGACGUGCUGCCCUCACCCAUCACCACCAGCGGGCAUGUGGCACGACUAGAGUUUCUCACAGACCACACGUACACAGACCGUGGCUUCAACAUCACCUUCACCACGUUUCGGCACAAUGAGUGCCCCGACCCUGGCGUGCCUGUCAAUGGAAAGCGCUUUGGGGAGAGCCUUCAACUCGGCAGCUCCAUCUCCUUCCUGUGUGAGGAAGGCUUUGUGAAGACCCAUGGCUCUCAGACCAUCUCCUGCAUCCUCAAAGACGGCAACGUGGUAUGGGACAAUGCUGUGCCACGCUGUGAAGCUCCAUGCGGUGGAGACCUGAAAGCCCCCAGUGGCAUCAUCCUGUCCCCAGGGUGGCCUGAGCUCUAUAAAGAAGCCCUCAACUGUGAGUGGAUUAUCGAGGCUCCACCUGGAUACCCCAUCAAGAUCAUCUUUGACAAGUUCCGAACGGAGGUGAAUUACGAUGUUCUGGAGGUGCGGGACGGGCGCUAUCCCUCCUCGCCUCUGAUUGGUAGUUACCAAGGUACCCAAGUGCCGCAGUUCCUCAUCAGCACCUCCAACUUCCUGUACCUGCUCUUCUCCACUGACAAGAGCCAUUCAGACAUCGGCUUUCGCAUCAGAUAUGAAAGUAUGGACUUUUACCACUGUGUUGACCCUGGGAUCCCGGUCAAUGGCCAACGGCACGGCAACGACUUUUACGUGGGGGCGCUAGUGACGUUUAGUUGUGAAGCAGGAUACACACUGAGUGACCCUGAGCCUCUGGAAUGCGAACCGAACUUCCAGUGGAAUCGGCCCCUCCCCAGCUGCGAUGCUCUCUGCGGUGGGUUUAUUCAGGGAAACUCUGGCACCAUUCUGUCGCCCGGCUUUCCAGACUUCUACCCCCACAACCUCAACUGCACCUGGAUGAUUGAGACCUCACAUGGCAAAGGUGUCCAGUUUACAUUCCACACGUUUCAUCUGGAAAGUCCUCAUGACUAUCUGCUGGUGACAGAGAAUGGUAGUUUCUCUCAGCCACUGUGGAGACUGACCGGCUCUACUCUGCCCCCUCCUCUCAGUGCUGGUCUGUUUGGGAACUACACUGCUCAGAUCCGAUUCCUCUCUGACUUCUCUGUCUCUUACGAGGGCUUCAACAUCACCUUCUCAGAGUAUGAUCUAGAGCCGUGUGAGGACCCUGGCGUGCCUCCUUUCAGCACCCGUAAAGGGCUGCAGUUCGGGGUGGGGGACGCGCUCAUCUUCUCCUGCUUCCCUGGGUACCGGUUGGAGGGGCCAGCGAGGGUGGUGUGUUUAGGGGGGCGGCGGCGGGUCUGGAGUUCCCCUCUCCCAAGGUGUGUUGCUGAGUGCGGCUCCUCCGUGACGGGGAAACAAGGAGUCCUCCUCUCACCAAACUACCCCGGUUACUAUGGCAACAAUCACGAGUGCAUCUACUCCAUCCAGACACAGCCUGGCAAGGGCAUCCAGCUCCGGGCUAGAGACUUCCGCCUGGAGGAGGAUGACAUGCUGAUGGUGUACGAUGGCAACAGUAACGGUGCCCGCUUGCUGGGCGUCUUCACCGGUACAGAGCUGAUGGAGGUGACUCUGAACAGCACGUCCAGCACUAUGUUCAUGGAGUUUAUCAGUAACAGUGAGAACACCAGCAAAGGCUUUGAGCUUCACUUCACCAGUUUUGAGCUGGUGAAAUGUGAGGAUCCAGGUGUUCCUCAGUUUGGUUAUAAGCGUGAGGAUAAGGGUCAUUUUGCAGGAAGCACCGUGUCAUACAGCUGUGACCCGGGAUACACUCUGAAGGGUACAGAGGUGCUGACGUGUCUCAGAGGGGAGAGGAGGGCGUGGAACAGCCCCCUCCCACAGUGCGUGGCCGAGUGUGGGGGCGCAAUUAAGGACGAGCCGGCGGGUCGGAUCCUGUCUCCUGGUUACCCCGCACCCUACGAGCACAACCUGCACUGCGUGUGGACCAUCGAGGCUGCACCUGGAAGCACAAUCGGGCUGCAUUUCCUGGUGUUCCACACAGAAGAGGUGCAUGAUGUGUUGCGGAUCUGGGACGGGCCUCAGGAUGGUGGGGUGCUGCUGAGGGAACUGAGUGGCUCCAGUCUGCCCCCGGACCUCCACAGCACCUUCAACUCCAUCAGCCUGCAAUUCACCACCGACUUCUUCACUAGCAAGCAGGGCUUUGCUCUGCAGUUCUCAGUCUCCACAGCCACAUCUUGUAAUGACCCUGGCAUGCCCACUAAUGGCACUCGCAGUGGGGACAGCAGAGAGCCAGGGGACCAUGUGGUCUUCCAGUGCGAUCCUGGUUAUGUCCUGCAGGGGGCGACGAAAAUCACCUGCACAGAGAUCAACAACCGUUUCUUCUGGCAGCCUGAUCCACCUACCUGCUCAGCUCCCUGUGGGGGAAAUCUGACAGGUCCAAGUGGUCUGAUUCUGUCUCCUGAGUACCCAGAGCCCUACCCUCAUGGUAGAGAAUGUGACUGGACAGUCAGUGUAACUCCAGACUACAUCAUCUCCCUCAAUUUCAACCACUUUAGCCUGGAGCCCAGCUAUGAUUUUCUGCACAUCUAUGAUGGGCCCGACUCUCUCAGCCCACUGCUGGGCAGCUUCUAUGGCACAGAUGUCCCAGAGCGCAUCGAGAGCAGCUCCAAUACACUUUUCCUGGCCUUCCGCAGCGACGCUUCGCUAAGCAGCAAUGGCUUUGUCCUGCAGUACACAGAAAACCCCAGAGAGUCAUGCUUUGAGCCAGGCCUUGUCAGAAAUGGAACGCGCAUUGGCACAGAGUUGAAGCUGGGCUCCAUGGUCACCUACUACUGCGAUAGUGGCUACACUCUGGAGGGAGACGCCACUCUCACCUGCAUCAUGGGAUCAGACAGCAAGCCCAGCUGGAACAAACCGAAGCCUCUGUGCAUAGCUCUGUGUGGUGGUCAGUACUCUGGGCUGGAAGGAGUUGUGCUUUCCCCUGGUUAUCCUGGAAACUACAGCAGUGGGAGAACGUGUCUCUACUCAGUGACGGUACCCAAAGACUACGUGGUGUUCAGCCAGUUUGCCUUCUUCCAGACGGCUCUGAAUGAUGUGGUGGAGGUGUACGAUGGUCCUACACAACACGCUCGUGUCUUAAGCUCACUUUCUGGGGCUCAUUCAGGUGAGUCACUUCCACUGGCAACCUCCAACCAGAUCCUCAUCCGUUUCACCUCUAAAGGACAGUCCACCUCCAGAGGCUUCCACCUUGUCUACCAAGCCGUCCCUAGAACCAGCGCAACUCAGUGCAGCUCAGUCCCGGAGCCCAGGCAUGGGAGGCGCACAGGGAACAACUUUGCAGUGGGGGCUGUGGUGCGUUUCGAGUGUAACGCGGGAUACGUGCUGGAGGGCCCCAGUGCUAUCGAGUGCCUGACGGUCCCCAAUGCUCUGGCUCAGUGGAACAGCACCAUCCCCAGCUGCAUUGUACCAUGUGGGGGGAAUCUGACCCAGCGCACAGGCACCAUCCUGUCUCCUGGAUACCCUGAGCCCUACCUGAACAGUCUGAGCUGUGUGUGGAAAAUCACCGUGCCUGAAGGUUCAGGAAUACAGAUCCAGGUGAUCAGCUUUGUGACUGAGCAGAACUGGGACUCUCUGGAGGUGUUUGAUGGGGGCGACAACACAGACACCAUGCUGGGCAGCUUCUCAGGUACCUCAGUUCCUGCGCUCUUGAACAGCACCUCCAACCAGCUCUACCUGCACUUCUUCUCUGAUAUAAGUGUGUCUGCAGCUGGCUUUAGGCUGGAGUACAAGACGGUGUCCCUCACAAGCUGUCCUGAACCAAUUAUACCUAUGAAUGGGUUCAAAGUGGGCGAGCGUUUACAGAUGAACAAUGUCGUGUCCUUCCAGUGUGAUCCUGGAUAUACUCUACAGGGAGUGUCGCACAUCACCUGCAUGCCAGGAACUGUGCGGCGUUGGAAUUACCCUCCACCACUCUGCAUUGCACAAUGUGGUGGGAUCAGAGAAGAGAUGGAAGGAACCAUCCUGAGCCCUGGUUUCCCAGGAAACUACCCUAGCAACAGUGACUGCACUUGGAGGAUCUACCUCCCAGUCGGCUAUGGAGCCCACAUUCAGUUUCUCAAUUUCUCAACUGAGGCCAAUCAUGACUUCCUGGAAAUCCGGAACGGCCCUUUCGACACCAGCACUGUGAUUGGCAGAUUCAGUGGGCAGGAUGUGCCAGCGUCUCUUCUGACCACAUCCCAUGAAACCACAGUGUAUUUCCAUAGUGACCACUCUCAGAACAAACCAGGAUUCAGAUUUGAUUACCAAGCCUAUGAGCUCCAAGAAUGUCCAGACCCUGAACCCUUUCGCCACGGUGUGGUGGUCGGUGCCGGGUACAACGUAGGACAGUCCAUCUCCUUCGAGUGCUACCCAGGAUACCAGCUUAUGGGACAGUCGAUUUUAACCUGCCAGCAUGGCACAACCCGCAACUGGGAUCACCCUUUUCCUCGCUGUGAAGUGCCCUGCGGAGGGAAUAUUACAUCAGACAACGGAACUAUCUUCUCUCCCGGUUACCCAGAGGACUACCCCAAUUCGGUGGACUGCACGUGGCUCAUCACGGUGGCCCCUGGCUUGGGUGUGCGCCUGAACUUCACUCUGAUGCAAAUCCAUGGGCCCCAUGACUUCAUCACUGUAUGGGAUGGGCCUCAAGAGACCACACGCAAGCUGGGCGUGUUCACUGAGGGCGAACCCAAUGAGCCACCUAGCAGCACAUCCAAUCAGAUCCUCAUCCGUUUCCGUAGCAACUCUGAAAAAGGUGGACUCUUCAAGAUCAACUAUCAAGCCUACAGGCUCCAGUUCUGCUUACCCCCUCCCAUCAUCCCUAAUGCAGAAAUUCUGAUGGCCAGCAAAGAGUUCAAAAUAGGUGAUAUUGUGCGCUACAGGUGUUUGCCUGGGUACCACAUGAGCGGGAACAACAUUUUAACCUGCCGAUUGGGCACACAUCUUGAGUUCGAAGGACCUCCACCUUCUUGUGAUGUGACCUGUCCCAUGAAUGAGGUGCUGACGGCUUCUACAGGGGUCAUUCUGAGCCAAUCUCCAGGCAGCGGCUUCCCCCACUUUGAGUCAUGCUCCUGGGUGGUGAAGGUGGAGCCAGGCUACAACAUCACCUUCACAAUCGAGCACUUCCAGACAAGUCGACAGUUUGAUGAGCUGGAAAUCUUUGAUGGUCCAUCCAGACAGAGUCCUCUGCUCAUCACUCUAAGUGGGAACUACUCGUCCCCUCUCAGCAUCACCAGCUCCUCAAACAAAGUCUACCUGCACUGGUCCUUUGACCACACCUCCAGCCACAAGGGCUUCCGAAUCCGCUAUUCAGCGGCAUACUGCAGCCCCCCUAACCCUCCGGUGAAUGGCUCAGUGCACAGCCAGACAGGCACAAAGCUGGGCAGUACCUUGCGCUUCAGCUGUGACCAAGGAUUCCGCCUGAUUGGCCAGAGCAGCGCCACCUGCACCCGCACCCCACAGGGCAUCUACCAAUGGAAUGCUCCUGUGCCCCUGUGCCAAGUGGUGUUGUGUGGGAUGCCCAUUGCACCAGUGAAUGGUAGUGUUGUUGGUCAGGAUUUCACUCUCGGCUCAAGAGUCACUUUCAGGUGUAACCCUGGAUUCCGAUUGGCCAACACAGUGCCGGUGUCAACAGUUUGUCAAGAGUCAGGGAGGUGGAGCCCAUUGGAAGCCCCACCCCGAUGCAUACCUGUCACCUGCCCUGACAUCGGCCACUCCGCAGUGGAACACGGGAGAUGGAGGCUUAUUUAUGGCAUGCAAAAUCAGUAUGAGGCCAUGAUGAUGCUCACCUGUGACCCUGGCUACUUCUACAAGGGUCAGAGGGUCAUCCGUUGCCAGGCCAACAGCUCCUGGGAUUAUCCUGAGCCAAGACCUGCCUGUGAAAUUAUCUCCUGUGGGGACCUUGGAACUCCUCCCAAUGGAAAUAAAAUUGGUACUCUAACUGUGUACGGAGCCACGGCCAUUUUCUCCUGUAACACGGGCUACACUCUGGUGGGCUCCAGGGUGAGGGAGUGUAUGUCCAAUGGUUUGUGGAGUGGAUCUGAGGUCCAGUGUCUUGCUGGUCACUGUGGCUCUCCUGACCCCAUUGUAAAUGGACAGAUAAUUGGCGAGAACUAUAACUAUAGGGGAAGUGUGGUUUACCAGUGCAACCCUGGCUUCAGACUGAUUGGCGUGUCCGUGCGCAUAUGUGAGCAAGACCACCGCUGGUCUGGAAAAGCCCCCGUCUGUGUCCCCAUCACAUGUGGACACCCAGGCAACCCUGCUAAUGGUGUAACCCAUGGAACUCAGUUCAACCUCAACGAUGUCGUGCGCUUUGCCUGCAAUACUGGUUAUAUGCUACAGGGGGCCGUCAAGUCUCAUUGCCAACCCAAUGGCCAGUGGAGUAACGCUUUGCCUAGAUGUAAAAUUGUGAACUGCACUGAGCCAGGCCAUGUGGAGAACAGUGUCAGACAGGUCCUGCCCAGCGGACCCCAUCGCUACAGCUUCCAGACAACCGUCUCCUACACAUGUAACCCAGGAUACUACCUGCUGGGCACCAGCAUUCUGACCUGCCAGGGAGAUGGCACCUGGGACCGCUCUCUCCCCAAAUGCCUCUUGGUGCUGUGUGAUCAUCCCAGUAUGCCUCCGUAUGCUCAGAUCUCGGGGGAUAGGCGCACAGUGGGUUCAGUGAUCCGCUACAGCUGUAUGGGCCAGCGCUCCAUCGUAGGCAACACCACCCGCAUGUGCCAGCUGGACGGCCAAUGGAGUGGCUCCCCACCACACUGCACUGGUGAUUCUGCGGGUAGAUGUGGAGACCCUGGUAUACCGGUGCAUGGGAUCCGUCUGGGCGAGGAGUUCUCCUCAGGCAGUGUGGUUCGCUUCAGCUGUGAGCCAGGCUACGUGCUGCGGGGGUCCUCAGAGCGCACCUGCCUGCCCAACAGCACCUGGCUGGGCACACAGCCCGAGUGCCAGGUGGUGUCUUGUGGCAAUCCUGGCACUCCUCGGAAUGCUCAGAUCCAAUUCCACGAUGGCCUGGUCUUCUCCCGCUCAAUUACGUACUCGUGUAGAGAGGGCUAUUAUUCCACCGGCCUGCUCACCCGCCACUGCACUGUCAAUGGAACCUGGACUGGAGACAUGCCUGAGUGCACAGUUAUUAACUGUGGGGACCCAGGAGUACCUGCAAAUGGUCUCAGACUGGGCAGUGACUUUACCUAUGGCCGCACCGUCAGCUUCCAAUGUUCUCCAGGCUUCACCAUGGAUGCUGACCGUGCGUCCACUCUCAUUUGCACAAAGGACCGCACCUGGAACAUUACCAAGCCUGUGUGCAAAGCUAUUGUCUGUGGAGCUCCACCCAGUAUCCCUAACGGGCAGGUGGUAGGGACAGACUUCCAGUGGGGUUCCAGCAUUAGCUACACCUGUAACCAGGGCUAUCAGCUCUCUCUGCCCACCAUCCUCACCUGCCAGGGCUCCGGCAACUGGAGCGGAGAAAAGCCACAGUGCUUCCCUGUGUUCUGUGGGGAUCCAGGGAUUCCAGCCCAGGGCCGGCGUGAGGACCGAGGCUUCACUUACCUCUCUUCCGUCUCAUUCUCCUGCUUUCCACCACUGGUUCUGGUUGGGUCCACGCGAAGAUACUGCCAGUAUGAUGGAACCUGGAGUGGGACCCAGCCAUCCUGUAUAGAUCCCAGUCACACCAGCUGUGUGGAUCCUGGCACUCCUCUGUUUGGAUAUCAGAACAACACUCAAGGCUAUCAGAUUGGCAGCACAGUGUUCUAUAGCUGCAGAAAGGGCUACCUGCUCCUUGGCUCCAUCUCUCGGACCUGCCUGCCCAACCUCACUUGGAGUGGCAUGCAGCCAGAGUGCAUUGCUCAUCACUGUAGUCAGCCCGAGCUCCCAGCACAGGCAGAUGCCAGAGCCAUAGAGCUGCCAUCUCUGGGCUACACGCUCAUCUACACCUGUCAGCCUGGCUUCUACCUGGCAGGGGGCUCUGAACACCGCACCUGCAGAGCGGAUGGCAGCUGGACCGGCAAGCCACCACUAUGUGCAGCUGAUAACAGACCAAGCGGAAAAACAGUUGGAACUGUGCAAGAGCCUCCCAACACGAAACUUCAGGUGCCUAGUGGAGUGUUUGCUAAGAACUCUCUGUGGAGGGGAUCGUAUGAGUACCUUGGGAAGAAGCAACCAGCCAUGCUGAGCAUAACUGCUUUUGAACCGUUCAGCAACCGGGUCAAUGGCACCCUCAUGGACCACAGUGGAGUGCAGCUCAAUCUGGCUGGUACCUACAAGAGAGAGGAGGCCCAUCUGUUGCUGCAGGUCCAUCAGAUCCGAGGACCAGUGGAGAUCUUUGUCAACAAGUUUAAAAUUGACAACUGGGCUCUAGAUGGACAUGUGUCAUAUAUGGCUUCAUCUAACUCCUUUGUGUAUCAAGGAUUUGUUCGAGGAAAAGGGUUUGGCCAGUUUGGGCUUCAGAGGCUGGAGGGUCUGGACCCAAAUGGGGAGAAUCCAGGCUACAACUUUGCCUCUAACAGCAGUUCAGUGGCAGCAGCCAUUUUAGUGCCUUUUAUAGCCAUGAUUAUAGCAGGAUUCGCUCUGUAUCUCUACAAACACAGGUAAACACUGCCCGGCUAAUCAAUCAUUGCUUUGUUUGUGCUAGUGAGAUAACAUGGUCAGAAAAGACCCAAAGUACCCUUCAACGGUUACGCAGGCCAUGAGAACACUAAUGGAAGAGCAACCUUUGAAAACCCCAUGUAUGACCGUAACAUCCAGCCCACAGACAUCAUGGCCAAUGAAUCCGAGUUCACGGUCAGCACAGUCUGCACAGCCGUAUAGCCACCGCUUUCUCCACAGGUUGAGGACGAGUUUGUUCCCCUGCCCACACGUGGGGCCCCACAGGCAGGAACGGGCUGCGUGGGUGGGCUGGAAAAGAAGAAUGGAAGCUUAUUUUCAUUUUUAACCAAUUCUAAUUAUAGCGAAAAGAGAUCGCUCCCUGAUGAUGAGGCAGGAAACAAACAAACUAAUAAAAAAAAAUCUUGACGGGGAAACACAAACAUGUUCCUCGGAGACGACAACAGCAGCGUCUGCUAUCUGAAACUCUACCUGUUCUUACAUGCGUCUGCUGUUUCUCUGGUUUUGUUUUGUUUUUUUUUUUCGGGAAGAGCUUCCUGUGGAACUUUGGCAUGGCAGAGGGGACGAUUGUGACACUCGAUUCUGUCGCUUGCCAAAAAAAAAAGAGAGAGAGCGCGAAAAAUAACGGGGUGGGCUAUUUUCAUACUGGGCUUUCAGUAGCAAGGGGCCUGCUGGUGCUGUUUUUUC